CGGAGAGGAGCUCUGGGAAAACCCAGCCCUUCCCGGCCUCGCACUGAUCGGGAAUUAGAGUGUCGGUGGGUCGGCAGGUCCACUUUCAGAGCAGCGCCGGCGGCCGCAUCGAGGCAGCGCGGGGCGGAGGCUGGACGGCGAUCCGUGUCCCCCGCGUCCCCCGCGUCCCCGGGCCAGGCUCAGACCACAGGUAGCAGUCGCCGCGCUGGCAUCCUGGCCGCGCUCCGGGGAGAGCCACCGCCUGCGGCCCAGGGAGCGGCCGGCCGCCGAGAACAGGCUGGAAGACUCCACAUCGGCAGUGAGCCUCUGACGUCCUAAGUCAUGGAGACCAACCAGGACACGUCCCUCUUCUUGAUGAAGAUCUUGGAGGAGCUGGACAGCAAACAAAACACGGUUUCCUACCAGGAUCUGUGCAAGUCCCUGUGUGCCCGCUUCGACCUCUCGCAGCUCGCCAAACUGAGAAGCGUGCUCUUCUACACGGCCUGUCUCGACCCCAACUUCCCAGCCACGCUGUUCAAAGACAAGAUGAAAUGCACCGUCAACAACCAGCAGUCCAAGAAGAUUAUGGUGGCAGCAGACAUCGUGACAAUAUUUAACCUGAUCCAAAUGAAUGGAGGCGCCGCCAAGGAGAAGCUGCCCAGUGGCCGGCAGAAGGUGCGCAAGAAGGAGACAUCCUUCGAGUCGUGCAGGUCGGACACGGAGGUCUGCGCCGCGGCCGAGUGUGAGCCCCUGAACUGUGAGCUGAGCGAGACCUUCCACCGGGGCUACCCCACCCGGCGAUCGUCCCAGGGCCGCAAAGUGGACCGCAAGGACUGCCCACAGUUCCUGCCCGCCUCCGAGCCCAACUUCCUGCUGGGCGUCAGCAAGGAGCUGAAGAGCCGUGCGGCCUCCCUGGACCGGCUGCAGGCCCUGGCCCCCUACUCCGUUGCCAGCCCCCAGCCCUGUGAGAUGCAGAGGACCUACUUCCCCAUGAACAUUGAGAACGAGUCCAUUUCGGAUCAGGACUCCCUGCCCAUUGGCCAGGGCAUCAAGGAGACCUUCAUUGCCAAUGAGGAGCCAUUUGUGGUCCAGUCCUGUGUCCAGAAAAGGAAUAUCUUUAAAGAGGAUUUUCACAACCUGAUGACUGUGUCCCCCACGUUGGUUGGCCCUGCUAACAAGGCCGAGGCUGAGCGUGGGGAGCCCCAGCGUCAGAAGGAGUCCCACAAGACUCCCUUCUUCAACCACAGCUUUGAAAUGCCCUACAACAGUCAGUACCUGAAUCCCGUCUACUCGCCGGUGCCUGACAAGAGGCGAGCAAAGCAUGAAAGCUUGGAUGACCUUCAAGCCUCCACAUACUUUGGGCCCACGCCUGUGAUGGGGCCCCAGGAAGCCAGGCGCUGUCCCGGGAGGCCGGGCAAGCAGACCCCCUGGCCGGUCAAAAGCUGGAGCCUGAAUACUGAAGAAGUCCCUGACUUUGAACGAUCCUUUUUCAAUAGAAAUCCUUCUGAGGAGAAGCUGCGCUACCCGAAUUCCAGCAGCCAGAGCCCCAACUUCCCAACCCCAGACAGGCGCCCCACUUACCUGGCGCCAAAGGACCCACAGCAGCCGAUCCUGCCUGUUGGCUACGUGGCAAAACCAAAUGGGCUCAAAUCUAAAGAGAUGUCAUCACCCGUCGAUCUAGAGAAGCAUGAGCCGGUCAAGAAGUUCAAAGAGAAGAGCGUCAGCUGCACCAGCGGACAGCUCAGCUCUGACACCAGCAGCGUGGGCACCCAGACGGAGCAGCACGUGCUGGAGCCCCAGAAGUGCAAAGACCUGUGCACCUCGGGGCAGAGCAAGUACGGCGACAGGCACACCAGAAAGCUGUCAGACGAUGACUCGGAAAUCAUCAGCGAUGACAUUAGUGACAUUUUCCGAUUUCUGGAUGACAUGAGUAUCAGCGGCUCCACAGGGGUGAUGCAGUCUUCCUGCUACAACAGCACAGGGUCCUUAUCUCAGGUCCAUAAGUCGGAUGGUGACAGUUCCCCCGAGCGCCACCUGACCAAAAUUGCCAAUGGGCUCUCCAGCGGCAAAGGGGAGAAGGGCAACCGGCCAGAAAACAGCCACCCCUCGGAAGAGGAGCUGAAGACCAGUGUGUGCCGGCUGGUGCUCAGGAUCGGCGAGAUCGAACGGAAGCUUGAGUCGCUGUCGGGAGUCCGCGAGGAAAUCUCCCAGGUCCUGGGCAAGCUAAAUAAGCUGGAUCAGAAAAUGCAGCAGCCCGAGAAGGUGAGCGUGCAGAUCGACCUGAAUUCCCUGACGAGCGAGGCGCCCUCCGACGACAGUGCCUCUCCGCGGUUGUUCCGCGCACACAGCGGCCCCCGGGCCCCCAAGCUGGAGAAUGCGGCCGACUGGUACUGCUCAGAUGCCAGCGGGAGCAACAGCGAGAGCCUUCGCGUCAAGGCCCUGAAGAAGAGCCUCUUCCCCAGGCCGUCCUCCAGGUCCCUGACCGAGGAGAACAGCGCCACGGAAUCCAAGAUCGCCAGCACCUCCAACUCGCCCAGAGACUGGCGCACCAUCACCUACGCCAGCCGUGUGGGCCUCGGUGAGGAGGACGGCAAGGACCGAGGCCCUGGGGAGAGUAAGGACUGGCAUCGCAAGUCUAAAGAGGCAGACAGACAGUACGACAUCCCCCCCCAGCACCGACUGCCCAAGCAGCCCAAAGACAGCUUCCUGGUGGAGCAGGUGUUCAGCCCGCACCCCUACCCGGCAUCCCUCAAAGCCCACAUGAAGAACAACCCUCUGUACACGGACAUGCGGCUGACGGAGCUGGCCGAGGUGAAGCGGGGCCAACCCUCCUGGACCAUCGAGGAGUACACGAGGAACGCGGGCGACAAGGGCAAGCUGACUGCCCUGGACCUGCAGACGCAAGAAUCUUUAAACCCUAACAACUUAGAAUAUUGGAUGGAAGAUAUUUAUACUCCAGGCUACGACUCAUUGCUUAAACGUAAGGAAGCCGAGUUCAGACGAGCCAAGGUCUGCAAGAUCGCCGCUCUGAUUGCUGCUGCCACGUGCACAGUCAUCCUGGUGAUUGUGGUGCCCAUCUGCACAAUGAAAUCAUGAGCCCGGGGCCGCCUCGCGGCACACAGCCCAUGACUACCGGCACCUCCCUCUGGAGCCUGAGGUCCCGGGGCGGUGUGGCACCAGCUUGCUGGAGUAGAGAUGGAGUCAUGGAGGCUUCUGCCAGUGUGAAGAUGCUCUUCAGAAAGUAUGCAUUCCACAGAAAAAUCUACCCUCCUCUUGGUUUUGACUUAAUGACGCUCGAUACAUUUGGGGAAGUGCAAUAUCUUUUCCUAGCAACAGAAUGUACUGAACUAUCUAUUAGUAGAUACAAAUUGAAUUCCAAGCAAAAAGAAAAAAAAAAGUGAAUUGGACCCUUUCCUUGUUAAUGACGUUUCAUGAUGGGGAAUAUGUUAUAGGGAAGAUAUUUAAUACCUGCCUGCUUGGGGAAGCUAAGGGAGAUAGCAAGAGUUCUGUUUUCCUUCAUGUUUUCAGACGACUGCAGGUGAAGUAACAGGUAUCAUGCUCAUGAAGGAUGUCACUUCUCUGUUGACUUUAUCAAGGGCUACCAACUUUUCCUUCUUGCCCUUCUGUCAUCAUUAUGAUCUUCAUUGCAGAUCUUCAUGGAACAUUCUGGACCUUCCUCCUUGUGCACAGGGUAGGAAGGAGCUGAACUGGCCCAUCAGGCCUGGCAUGGAGUGUGCUCCCUCUGCUUACUAGGUUGAGGCACUUAGGCCAGGAGACCUUCCUGACGCCACGCUGAGGUGUGGGGAAGAGCUGCUUGCCAACACUGUAAGGUCGGUAUCUGAAAAUCAUGGCCACCGAGGGGUCUCCCAUUCUUGCUUGUGGGGUGUGGCUCCACACCUUAGUCUUCUGUCUCCUGGUGGCACUGGCUGCUCUGCUUCUCACAGACGAGGUAAAGAGUUUGGAACUUGUCCUUGUGCCUUGAAGAGUAGAGACAGUGGCUAAACUUUGACGUUCUAAAUGUAAACCAUGGUUUCUGUGCGCCACUAGUACUGGCCAUUUCCAGUGGCUCUCACAGGAUCUUGAAUGCUUGUCAGUAACACAAUAAAGGCACCAAGGUAUUCUUAACCACAACACCAACUCCAGAGUUCUGAAUACUUGUCAGCAGUGCAAAAAAAUUAAUUCUCUAUUUAACCAUUUAUCUAUCUAUAUGUCUAUCUAUAUACCUGAGUUUGGGUUAUUGUCUUCCCUGUUGUUAAAUAACUUGAGAGCAAGGUUUCUCCAGCGUACAGGAAGCUGUUGUAACUCGAUCAGAAAUUGAUCUCAGUUUCCACCUGUCGAAUGGUGCUUCGACAUAACUGGACAGAAAGAAUCCUUUUUAGCAUUUGAUUCUAAUGUCUUGUUACAGGUCAAAGAAAAAUGAUUGACAGAUCCUAGCUACCUUAAUUCUUCUGAGAACAAGGUGGGAUAUAAACAAAUGUUGGUAGCGAGAAUAAUCGCCCUGAACGGUAUAAUAAAUUCCUGAAAGAGAGCUUUGGGGUGCGUCUCAGAUUUUAAAGCAAUAGGAGUCCAGCAUCCAUCCCAGAAACCUUACAAUAAUGCUUAGCUUGCUCUGUCUAAUCCUAUAGAUCCCCACAUGGAGUAGUCAGGACCUUUCAUGCAGUCAACAAAUAAGGGAUGGAUGCUUUCAUCUGUAGUGAGCCUUCAUUUUUAGGGGUCUUCGUGAUACCUGUUUCUAUUCUGUUUAUGUGUGACUUCCAAUUAGGUGACUGAAACUUAAGCCUUAGUAUGAAGAACUGAGGAUUUAUAAUCGAAAAUGAAAAAAUAUAUAUACAUAUAUGUUACUGU